AUGGUUAUAAAGCCUACCCCAAUCGACCUGCCUUUCUUCAACAGUCUUCUAUUUUCUACCGACCGCGUAACUCAUCAAGCAGAACAUACUCUCAUGUCUUCUAUCGCUCCUGCUACCGAUACACCUGUUGUAGUCGUCCAACCCUCGCUGGAUCACUCUUCCAGUGCAACGGUGGCCGACACUGUUGCAACGGGCCCUUCUACCGCUGCGACAGUCCCCGCUACCACAGAAACCGUUACUGUUGCCCCGACUACCUCAGUUUCAGCUAGUGUUUGA